GGUGAUAAUGUGUUUUUAUUUGAUCCUCCGACGCCUAAACGUCUGCUGUGUCCUAGGAUAAAUAUUGUGCAUUUCCUACAAAUAGUACCAUAAUAUUGAAUAGACAAAAAUCGGGUAUAAAUCAAUAAAAACCGCCGCCCAGUUUAAAAAAAAAUACUUAAAUAUCAGCAUUUUGAAUAAAAUAGCUCUCACUGUCAUUUUAUUGGUUUGUGGGCAGUGUUUCGGUUUAGCUGACGUCACCUACUGCGAAGCUUUUUCCAAAAUGGCGAUGCACCUGCUGGCACAGUCGUAAUGACAGCAACUAGAAUUUAGGUUUAGGUUUUUAAUUUUCUUACGUAAUAAUAAAUCUAACCAAACAAACAAACAAACAUGUCAACAGAGGAACUGUCAACGUCGGACAGCGAGCCGGGGUUUGCCGGGGGAAUACGAUGGGCGCCUGUGGGAGCGGUGGCAAACUCAGAGGAAGAAAAUGAGGUGAACGUGAAGAGGUGUCCCCCGGAGCCGCGGCCGGCUGGCUUUGUGCCGGCAGGAGGGACGACAGAGAUGGCAGAGAAGCUCAUGAAGCUGGAGGAAGAGCAGGAUCUCCUGAACUCGUCCCUGCUGGCCCUCACGUCCCAUUUCGCCCAAGUGCAGUUCCGGCUGAAGCAGAUCGUGCACGCCCAGAGCGAGGAGAAGGAGAGGCUGUUGCUGGAGCUGGAAGAGUUCGCUUUCAAGGGCUGCCCGCACGUUUUAGGAAGCUGGUCUCAGGGUGCACGGCGGCUGGAAAACUCGGAGGAUUUGAGCGAGCGAGAGAAGCGGGAGCACCUGGAAGCCCAGCGAGGGAAGCAGCGAGAGUUGAUCAUCCAGCUCAAGACCCAGCUCGAUGACCUGGAGAGGUUUGCCUAUCAGGAGGGGAAUUACGACUCGCUCCCCCAGUCCAUGGUCAUGGAGAAACAGCGGGUAAUCAUUGACGAGCUCAUUAAGAAGCUGGAUGUGAAUCUGAAUGAGGAUAUCGGCAGCCUGUCCCCUGAAGAGCUGCGCCAGAGAGUGGACUCUGCCAUCGCACAGGUUGUCAACCCAGCACGAGUCAAAGAGCAGCUGGUGGAGCAGCUGAAAACACAGAUCCGGGACCUUGAGAUGUUCAUCGGCUUCAUCCAAGAUGAAGUUGGAAGCCCCAUGCAAUCUGAGCACUCUACAACCCCUGGUAUGAGAGUGCCUCCUGGCAGAAAGAAAGUGGAUCCCGAGCAGGUGAAGAAGAUCAGAGAGACAGGGCUGCAGCUGAUGAGGCGGGCUCUGGCCGUGCUGCAGAUCUUCGCUGUCAGUCAGUUUGGCUGUGCCACCGGGCAGAUCCCCCGCGGGCUGUGGCAGCAGGACGAGUGGAGCCAGGACUUCACGCCCCUGCUGCAGAAGCUGGAGUCAGCAGUCGAGAAGGUGAGGCAGCAGGCUCUGAGGAGGCAGCAGCACGAGGAACACGUCAUCAGCUACACCAGCUCUCGCAGUGCUGCUGCAGGGGGCCGGGACGAGCUGACCACCGCCGUGCGCAAAGAGCUGGCCAUGGCUCUGCGGGACCUCAUGGCCCAUGGUCUCUACGCUCCCUCCCAGGGAAUGAGUCUGGUCUUGGCCCCCAUCUCCUGCCUGCUUCCCACUUUCAGCUCCUCCCCACAAACGCUGCACCCCUGGGAGCUCUUUGUCAAGUUCUAUAACGCCAAAAACGGCCGUGCGUUUGUGGAUUCCCCUGCCCGCAAGCUCUCGCAGUCUUUCAGCUUGCCUGUGAUGGGGAGCGCCGUGGUGACGCCCAAGCAGUCUCUGCUUUCCGCUGUCCACUCCGUCCUCCAGGAACACGACCCCUACAAGCGUGGCGCAGACUCUGAGUUCAAGGCGCUGGUGUGCAUGGCUCUGAACGAGCAGCGCCUGGUCUCCUGGGUGAAUCUGAUCUGCAAGUCUGGUGUCCUGGUUCAGUGUCACUACCAGCCCUGGAGCUACAUGGCCCGGACUGGCUUCGAAAGCGGCCUUCAAAUACUGAGCCGGCUGAGCACCUUGCAGUUCAACCUGCCCGUUGACUUGGCCGUACGCCAGCUGAAGAACAUCAGAGAUGCGUUUUGACAAACUACUACGUUUUUUAAAAAUAUUAUUAUGUUAAGAAUAUUCUGGACCGGUUCAUUGAUAUCUGUAGUUGACGGAAAGCAUCUAAUUGUCUACGCCGUGAUCAUCAUUUGUCACCCAUAUUUACAUUUUUUCACUAUUAAAAGUAAAAGUAAACUUUCCUAAUAAUCCCUUUAUGAACUCUAAACCUGUUACAUGUUUUGUCUGCCAAGAAGUAGGAAAUUAAUUGGACCAUUUGAGACAAUCUUCCAGUUAUAAAUUAGUUAACUGUAAACUAAAGAAACGUGUCCAUUCUGGCCAAUGAAAAAGCAUUAUGAAGUGCUUUCCUCCUAAAUUGAAAUCUGCAUCAUCAGGAACUGGUUGAGUCUCAAGGGCUUUACCACUAAUCCUAGUAAAUCAGGUUUGUGCUGGAGGCUCCUGUCAGCAGUGCCAUGGCGUCAACCGGUGCUUCUGUUUUGAUAAGGCUUGCAAGCAGGUAAACAUGAUUCAGCGUUUACCAUGGCCAGCUUUCACGUGUCUAUUUUGCUAUGCUUUCUUCAUCUCUCCAUUGCACAGAAUCAUAACUUCUGUAUUCUAUUGAGAUGGACUGCUAAACAAUGCUAUUUUUGUAGUUUCCAACAUCAACCAUUCCAAAGACAACUGCCAUGUUGAAAGUUAACAUUAGGGUACGUGCUACUCGCAGUCAAAGGGGCCAUCUACAAGUGCUCUUUCUGUGCUCUUAUUAGGCAGGGAUUCACUAGACAGGUUUGUUUUUGUUUUUUCUCCAAUCUAUCGUGUGACUGUACAAGAUGUAUAAUUUUGUUUCAUUUGCCACUUCAUAUUUAGUUUUUCAACCUCAGGAACUUGUCUUUGCUAUUAGACUACAUAUAAAAAAAAUCCAGUAAAUAUAUAUAAUAUUAUGAGGCUUUGUGAGAACAGCUGAUGCUUUAGAAGAGUGCGAAUGUCUUAGUUUGAGCUGGUGAUCAGGUCAAAUCUAUUUUUUUUUUUUUUGUCAUUGUUAUUAUUGUAUGUAUGUAUGUAUGAUUUCACCUCUCUUCUGUGAUCAUGUGCCCUUUUAAUUUUUUUUACAUUUUAACAUCAGCACAAGAUCCACUCCUAAGCAAUGUCCUUGCAUGGUCCUAAAGUGUGUGAACAGCGUCCAGUGAUUCUUCCGGAUUGCAUUUUUUAAAACUCUUUUCACUGACUGCUUGAUUCCUUCAAGCAACCUUACAAAGUUGACCGGAAGUGAAGCGUUGAAGUAUCUGCAAGGAGCAUUCGAUAAGUGUUCAUCUCCAACAGCUUCAAAUAAAUUACCAUUAAAAAAAAAAAUCAAAUUCACAUUUACCACAUUUUUUCAUAUAGGAACCUGUCAAAUUAUGGCAACGUAUAUUAGGUAAGAUUUAUUGGAAUUAUUUUGUUAACUCCACAUACUUUUUAAGAAUUGUUUUUGGAGGAGAAAAUCCCUAAUAAUCCAAUACAGCGCUCCCCCUUUUUACCACGGAAUUGGUUAUAAGGUGGUCAUGGCUCCCGUUUGUCUAGAAUGGCGUUACGCUAUAAAAUUUGUUCCUUGAUAUAAGGUGGAACACAAACAGCACGGUUUUGUAACUAUGGGACCACUAUAGCGCUUGAAGAUUUGUCAGGGUAAUUUCCCAAUUUUCUUUGUUUAAACAUUUUUCAUGUACAAGAUAUAUAAUAUUUGUCAUUUUAGUUGUAAAAAUUGAAGCCUCUAGUGCAUUUUAAAGUUCUGUGAUAUCAAAACCAUUGAAGGAACUUCAUACAGCAUUUAUUACAGUGAUAGCAAUCAUAAAUGUUUUUUCUGAGUUUUAAAAAAAAAAAAAAAAAAAAACUGUGACUUGCCACCCUUAUAAAAGUUUACCAUAGUACAGUGAAAGCAUAGGUAAGGAUGGUAAAACCUGAUUAUUAAAAACCUGGCAAACCAUGGUAGACUAUGGUAAAUGCAUAGCAUAACUACAAAUCUACCAGGAUAAACUUUUAUAAGGGCAAGACUUAUUAGACAUCUUUACAGUGCCUGUAAGCUUUCUUGCUACUUAAAUGAAUGUAUAAAAUGAAUCUUUAAAAGCUUAACAGCAGUGGAGACAAGGUUUACACUGAUAAGCAAAUAGCACUAUUCUACUGUAUAUUGUGUUUAGGAUUUCAUAGUAUGAUAUAUUAAAGGAAAAUACUGUUUGAUUGCAUGGUCAUAUUUUAGAUGUUUGCGUUGUGACAGAUCAUGGGGCAUGACUUAUUUUCACUGUAUUUCUUCCUUCCAAAAAAAAAAAAAAAAAGAUUAUUUUUGUAAAAGAAUAGUAAAGCUGUAGUAGAAAAGUGACUUUUUAUUUUAAACUGGAAAUUUUUGUAAUUCUGUUAUUUUGAAAUCAUGUCUGAUAUAAUGCAUAUCAAAGAAAAAAAACAUUUAAUACGUAAAUUCUGAAGAAAAUUAUGAAUUUAUAAUAUUAAGGUCCCCUUUAUUUAUCCAAUGCUAACCUGAGGGUUUAUUUGGUGCUUGGGUAUGUUUGUUUUAGAAUUGUAUUGAACUUAUAGGAGAAUUAUCAAGUCAUUAUUGCUAGUAGUGGCAAUCUUCUUCUUUUUUUUUCACUUGAAAAAUAUAACCUUUUUGGAAAACUGUAAAUUGGUAUAGACUGGUUCUACGUGGAAAGAAAUCUUAAAUUGAGGUUUGAAGACAUCAAACAUGAAUAACAUUUGUAAUACUAAAUGAAACCUUCUUUGGCCAUUAGUGGAUGAUCCAGCUGUAAUUAAUUUGACAAUAAGUGUUGUAGUUGCUUAGAAAAUAAUGAUAGUAAUGUUUAUGAUAAGGAUCUGCACUUUUGGGUUCUGACAUAUUAUUUUGUAACACUGUUUUGAAUAUUAUGCAAUAGAGGUACAUAGUCGCUAACUGGUGCACAUUUCCAAGCCUAGCCAUUCAUUGAGAAACAUUACAGAUUCAGGCACCUCUGAAAUGAGAGUUUCCUGUUGAUUUUCUCCCUGUAUGUAUGUUUUGCUUUAUAUUGUGUCCUAUAGCUGUAUUGUUUACAUGUACCGUCCAUAAGGAAGGUGUUUCUGUUUCGUGAGGUUAUUUAAGGUGUUCUCUAUGUACUUAAUUUAUCUUUGAAAUGGUGUGUGUGUAUAUAUGUGUGU